AUGAUAUUUAACUAUUUGCGAAAGCCGACUCCCUCGAAUCUAUUGGGAUCACCGGAUGCAUUUCGGUACUAUGAGUCCGCAAUGUUCUCCAUGGGCUGGUGGACCCCCCAGAAGUAUAAGAUAUUGUACUAUAUUGCCGCUGCUUGCAUAAUGACUUGGAGUGUUGUAUAUUUGCCGAUUGGAAUCAGCAUUAGCUUCCUGAAGGAUAUAAGGAACUUCAGUCCCAGUGAAUUGCUGACAGUGCUUCAACUGUUCUUCAAUUCCGUGGGAUUGCCUUUCAAGGUGCUGUUCUUCAAUCUUAGCUCUUGGCGAUUUCACAAGGCCAAGGAGCUGUUGGGAAAGUUGGAUAAGCGAUGCACUCGCCUGGAGGAACGCAUAGAAGUGCAUCGCUGGGUCGUCCAUUGCAACAAGGCCUAUUUAAUCUAUCAGCUGAUGUAUAUUUGCUACACUAUAUCCACCUUCCUGUCGGCCGUAGCUACAGGACAGCCGCCAUGGCGCAUCUAUAAUCCUUUCGUGGAUUGGCGACAGAGUAGACAGAACUUCUGGAUCGCAACCAUCCAUGAGACCAUGCUCAUGUUGUGCACGGCGACCCAAACCCUUUUGAGUGACAUUUACCCUCUUUUAUAUGGUUUGAUGCUGAGAGUUCACAUCAAACUGCUGCGGCAGCGAGUGGAGAGACUUUGCACAAAUCCAAGCAAGAGUGAGGAAAAAAACCAAGUUGAUUUGAUCAAUUGCAUCAAGGAUCACAAGCUCAUCAAAGAAUAUACACAAAUGAUUCGACCUGUGAUCUCUCGCACUAUCUUCAUCCAAUUCCUACUGAUUGGCAUUUGCUUGGGCCUGUCUAUGAUCAACCUGCUCUUACUUGCCGCGUUUUGGACGGGUGUUGCCACAGUGGCCUAUAUCAAUGGCCUGAUGUUGCAAACCUUUCCAUUCUGUUUCGUAUGUGACUUGAUUAAGGCCGAUUGUGAUCAUCUUGAGAUGGCCAUAUUCCACUCCAACUGGCUAAACACUAGUCGCAGAUAUAAAACAUCGCUGAUUUAUUUUCUACAAAACACUCAGAUUCCCAUUGCUUUCAUCGCUGGUUAUAUUUUCCCAAUCUCUACGAGCACAAACAUAAGCGUUGCAAAACUGGCUUUUACGGUGGUCACAUUUGUUAAUCAACUGAAUAUAGCCGAAAGACUAAAGAAGGAUUAG